AUGGUGCGGAGCUUAUCACAAUGGACGAAGACGCUCAGCUUUCCAGCGAGGCUGUCCCCUAACCGUACUUCAAAGGAGAGCGUCGGCAACGGCCAGUCCAGUCCUGGAGUGUCGCCGACCCCCAGUGCUUCAUCGCUCCCCCAGAGCUCGGAUAAAACAAUCACACCAAUUCCGAUCACGGAGAUCAGUCAAAUCGUAGACGGGGGCCGGUGCGCCCGCGCACCGUUAUGUCCCCCUUGCAUUUACCUUGGCAAGGCCGCGCUAAGAUACGAGUUUUUGCGAAGCAUAAAAGUGAGACUUUCACCUUUUAAGACGCCUUUCUAA